AUGGACCUGGGCGCUGCUGCUGCGGUGGCCCUUUGCCUGUGGCUGCUGAGUGCCUGCCGCCCUCGGGUCGGGCUGGAGGCGGCCGUCGUGCCGAGGAACCGGGGCACCGGCCAGGCUAGACGGGGCCCGACCGAGGCUGCCAUCCCCCUGUCGCCGUGGCCAGCGGAGGCAGCGGCCAGAGUGCCAAGGCUCGUUCGGAAUGGCUCCUCUCCUUCGGUGAUCCCGCACCCGUUCAUGCUGGCCCUUUACCGGAGCCUGUCCGCCAGAGCGCUCGCUCCCGGAGCCGCUGCCGCCUCCGAGUCCGCGGGCGGCCACCAACGGGGCCUCGCUGACACCGUCACCGGCUUCACUGACCAGGCGCCCCCAGACGAAGCCUCCGCCGAGACAGGCCAGCGGUUCCUGUUCGACGUGUCCAGCUUGGCAGACGCCGACGAGGUGGUGGCGGCGGAGCUGCGGGUCCUGCGCCGAGCGCCGGGGGGUCCGAGAGAUCAGCGGCGGGUCAGACGGGAGGAGGAGGCGGCGGCGGCGGCGGAGACCGCGGGGCAGGCUGCGGAGCCGCCCUUCGCCCUGCUCCUGCUGUCCACCUGCCCGGGC